CCGCCCCGCCGCGCCGCGCCGCGCCGCUCGCCUCCCGGCUAGCACUGACGUGUCUCUCGGAGGAGCCGCCGCGCCGCCGAGCCCGCGUCGCCUCCGUCGCCGGCGAGUGGGAGCGAAGCGGGACGCCCGGGCCGCGCAGCCUCCGCCAUGGCGAUCAAAUUUCUGGAAGUCAUCAAGCCCUUCUGUGUCAUCCUGCCGGAAAUUCAGAAACCGGAGAGGAAGAUUCAGUUCAAGGAGAAAGUGUUAUGGACAGCCAUCACCCUCUUUAUCUUCUUAGUAUGCUGUCAGAUCCCCCUGUUUGGUAUCAUGUCUUCAGACUCCGCAGACCCCUUCUACUGGAUGAGGGUGAUUCUGGCUUCUAACCGAGGCACGCUGAUGGAGCUGGGCAUCUCCCCCAUCGUCACUUCUGGCCUCAUUAUGCAGCUCCUGGCUGGUGCCAAGAUAAUUGAAGUUGGUGACACCCCAAAAGACCGAGCUCUCUUCAAUGGAGCCCAAAAGUUGUUCGGCAUGAUCAUCACCAUCGGCCAGUCCAUCGUGUACGUGAUGACCGGGAUGUACGGAGACCCUUCUGAGAUGGGCGCGGGGAUCUGUCUGCUGAUCACCAUCCAGCUCUUCGUGGCUGGCCUGAUUGUCCUCCUCUUGGAUGAGCUCCUGCAGAAGGGGUACGGGCUGGGCUCUGGCAUCUCGCUCUUCAUCGCCACCAACAUCUGCGAGACGAUCGUCUGGAAGGCCUUCAGCCCCACCACUGUCAACACCGGCCGAGGAAUGGAGUUUGAAGGCGCAAUCAUAGCACUCUUCCACCUGCUGGCCACGCGUACCGACAAAGUCCGCGCCCUGCGGGAGGCCUUCUACCGCCAGAACCUCCCCAACCUCAUGAACCUCAUCGCCACCAUCUUCGUCUUUGCUGUGGUCAUCUACUUCCAGGGCUUCCGUGUGGACCUGCCAAUCAAGUCAGCGCGCUACCGCGGCCAGUACAACACCUACCCCAUCAAGCUCUUCUACACCUCCAAUAUCCCCAUCAUCCUGCAGUCUGCCCUGGUGUCCAAUCUCUACGUCAUCUCCCAGAUGCUGUCCGCGCGCUUCAGCGGGAACCUGCUGGUCAGCCUGCUGGGCACCUGGUCGGACACGUCCUCCGGGGGCCCGGCGCGCGCCUACCCCGUCGGUGGCCUGUGCUAUUACUUGUCUCCCCCGGAGUCGUUCAGCUCCGUGCUGGAGGACCCGGUCCACGCUGUCGUGUACAUCGUGUUCAUGCUGGGCUCCUGCGCCUUCUUCUCCAAGACCUGGAUUGAGGUCUCGGGCUCCUCUGCCAAGGACGUCGCCAAGCAGCUGAAAGAGCAGCAGAUGGUGAUGAGAGGCCACCGAGAGACCUCCAUGGUCCACGAGCUCAACCGGUACAUCCCCACGGCGGCAGCCUUCGGGGGGCUGUGCAUCGGGGCCCUCUCGGUGCUGGCCGACUUCCUGGGAGCCAUCGGGUCUGGAACCGGGAUCUUGCUCGCCGUGACCAUCAUCUACCAGUACUUUGAGAUCUUCGUCAAGGAGCAGAGCGAGGUGGGCAGCAUGGGAGCCCUUCUGUUCUGAGCCUCCGCUUCCGUGGACCUGGGAAGCGCGCCACGCAGCACCGGCCGGGGCACAUGGACUUGGUUUAAUGAUGUUUUUAAAUUUCUUAUCCUUUCAUUCCACUGCGUAAAGUGCUAGACCUUUUCCAGUUUGAAAUCUUCCUUUUUUUCCUGGCAUUGGCAAAAACCUGUAGAAGGGAGGUGACUGCAGAG